AUCCUCUGUCAGUGUCGUUUUAUAUAGGGUAAAUUACACGGAUGGUCCCUGUGGUUUGGGGUAACCUACGCGCCUAGUCCCUGAGCAAGAUUUUUAACUCGGAUGAUCCCUAAUGGUAAAAUUCAUAACCCUCCUGGUCCUUCACUUAACAUCCCGUCUAGUUGCUCCGUUAAAACACCCCACGUGCAAGGCACGCAGGGAAAAAUUUCAACAUUCCGAUAAGAAAACCCUAAUCGUGAUAUCUUCUCCUCUAAAACGCAAUGGUGUUAUGGCGUAUACGUGCAAAUAUGGAGGAAAUCGAUGUUGGACGUCGUUACUGUUAUACCAUGGUGGAGAGUUCACCAAAUUUCCUGGAAGAAAGUACAUCAAAGGAAAACAAACGUAUAUAGACUUACUCGACAUGGAUACUUUCUCAGUGCAUGACAUUGAUGAAAUGAUGGAACAGUUAGGCUAUGUUGAUGAAGUGAUCAGGAUGUGA